AUGCGACGCCGUGGGUCCACACUUUUCUGUGAGGGUGCAGUUUUAACGUGGAGGCGCUCUUUUGCUCGGGGCCGGCCGUACACACCACUCGGUACUGUACAGGACUUCACAUCUUCUCCACACCACGCACAACUCGCGGAGAAGCAGCGCGAGUUGGACCGGAUGUGUGGCCGGCCGCCCUCACAUCUUUACGAAGGGCCCACCAUCACAACCCCUCACGGGGCCCGGCCACUCUUCGAGCGAGACAUGCGCGACGACCCGCGAAAUGACGAGCUGCCGGAGCAUUACGUGGCGGCGCAGCAGCGGAUGGCGGUGUUACAAAGUGACAGCUAUGGAGAAUCAAUACGUGGAGUGGUGGCACCGCCGCCUCCUCUGGGGGAGUUUGAUGCGGUAAGGGCAUAUCAAACGCCGCGGGUGGAACUUGGGACGGUUUGGUGGACUGCCAUGGCGACGAUUGUAUUGAUAUUUUUGCUGAUGGUGAGAUAUGGACAUUAA